CAGAGCCUUUUACUGCCGGCAACCUGCGGCCCUGGAGAAGACCACAAGAGGAGUGACAGCGCCUCUCCACCGCCAGCCUACGGACCGCCAUGGCCAAGAGCCGCAGGGACAGAAACAGUUGGGGUGGCUUUUCAGAGAAGUCGAGUGAAUGGAGCUCAGAAGAGGAGGAGCCAGUGAAGAAGGCGGGACCUGUCCAAGUCCUCAUUGUCAAAGACGACCAUUCCUUUGAGUUAGACGAGGCUGCGCUGAACCGCAUCCUUCUCUCCGAGUCUGUCAGAGACAAGGAGGUAGUUGCCGUGUCGGUGGCUGGAGCCUUUAGGAAAGGGAAGUCUUUCCUGAUGGACUUCAUGCUGCGGUACAUGUACAACCAGGAAUCCGUUGAUUGGGUUGGAGAUUACAAUGAACCGUUGACUGGAUUUUCAUGGCGAGGUGGAUCUGAACGAGAAACCACGGGAAUCCAGAUAUGGAGUGAAGCUUUCCUUAUCAAUAAACUUGAUGGUAAAAAGGUUGCAGUGUUACUGAUGGAUACUCAGGGAACCUUUGACAGUCAGUCUACUUUGAGAGACUCGGCCACAGUGUUUGCCCUUAGCACAAUGAUCAGCUCAAUACAGGUAUACAACUUAUCCCAAAAUGUCCAGGAGGACGAUCUUCAGCACCUCCAGCUUUUCACUGAGUAUGGAAGGCUAGCAAUGGAAGAAACAUUCCUGAAGCCUUUUCAGAGUCUGAUAUUUCUCGUUCGAGACUGGAGUUUCCCGUACGAAUUUUCAUAUGGAGCCGAUGGUGGCGCCAAGUUCUUGGAAAAACGACUCAAGGUCUCGGGGAACCAGCAUGAAGAACUACAGAAUGUCAGAAAGCACAUCCAUUCCUGCUUCACCAACAUCUCCUGUUUCCUCCUACCUCAUCCUGGCUUAAAGGUAGCUACGAACCCAAACUUUGAUGGAAAACUAAAAGAAAUAGAUGACGAAUUCAUCAAAAACUUGAAAAUCCUGAUUCCGUGGCUCCUUAGUCCUGAAAGACUAGAUAUUAAAGAGAUCAAUGGGAAUAAAAUCACCUGCCGAGGUCUGCUGGAGUACUUCAAGGCAUACAUAAAGAUCUAUCAAGGUGAAGAGUUACCGCAUCCCAAGUCCAUGCUACAGGCCACGGCAGAAGCUAACAAUUUAGCAGCUGUCGCGACCGCCAAGGACACGUACAACAAGAAGAUGGAGGAGAUUUGUGGUGGUGACAAACCAUUUCUGGCCCCUAACGACCUGCAGAGCAAGCACCUGCAGCUGAAAGAGGAAUCUGUGAAGUUAUUCCGAGGGGUGAAGAAGAUGGGUGGCGAGGAGUUCAGCCGGCGGUACCUGCAGCAGCUGGAGAGUGAGAUAGAUGAACUUUACAUCCAGUAUAUCAAGCACAAUGACAGCAAAAAUAUCUUCCAUGCAGCUCGCACGCCAGCCACACUGUUCGUUGUCAUCUUUAUCACGUAUGUGAUUGCUGGUGUGACUGGGUUCAUUGGGCUGGACAUCAUAGCCAGUCUGUGCAACAUGAUCAUGGGACUGACCCUCAUCACCCUGUGCACCUGGGCGUACAUCCGCUACUCUGGAGAGUACCGAGAGCUGGGUGCUGUAAUCGACCAGGUAGCUGCAGCCUUGUGGGACCAGGGAAGCACAAAUGAGGCUCUCUACAAGCUCUACAGUGCAGCAGCAACCCACAGACACCUGUAUCACCAAGCUUUUCCUGCACCAAAGUCAGAGCCCACUGAGCAACCGGAAAAGAAGAGAAUCUAAGUCGAUUUCAGUGCAUGACCACUUGCCACUUAGCUAUCAAAGUCUGUUUCCAUGCAAACAUUCAAAGUGCUUCCUUUCGAGCAGAGCGAAAGCCACACACCCGAGGACUCCGACGGUUCGAUUCUUUACUCCAGUGACUGAUAAGCAGAUGUAUGUAUGCAUGGUUAUUUGUUAAUAUGUGCAGUUUCCUGAUUUUUUUUCUUAAAAUAUGCUGUUAUCAUUUCAGGUAUUUGUAAAUCUGAGGACAGUAGAUGUGUUUUGCUUGACUUUACUAAGUUCUACUACUGGGUUAUAAUUAAGUAUUGUGUGAUAGCACUCCAGGUUUGGAUAUGCUCAUUUAAUUUCUAUAGAAAAUUUUAGUUAUUUUGCAUAGCUAUUUGUUCAAGUACAGCAUAACUCAGCAGGCUUGAUUUAAUCUAUAUAAUCUUAUACAUACCAGAGGCUCUUAUCUUGAAAUAUAUUUAAGAGCUUAAAAGUUGCUUUACCAAAAACUACAUGGUUUCUUUUAUAUUUAUGACUUAAUAUAGAAUGUAAAUCUCUUGAUCAAAAUGCACAAAAAUUGUUUUGUAUGUGUUUGAGUCUCACGGCACUGUCUAUUUUUUCAUUUGGAACAUCAGAAA